UGGGAAGUCAUCCUAGACGAUGUCUUUCAAUCGCAUUGCCUCCGAUUUAGAAGCGAAGCUUGUACGAUUGGAUGUAUCAUUAUACGAAGGGUUUAGAGAGGCACAUGCCACCCACUGGACUACCUCGGGCACUGACUUGAUGGCAUAACUAAUGCGCAUUUCUUUUUCUCUCAGAAUUUGAGCGAAUACAUUGAACUGUGUGGACAUCUCUGUCGCAUUUCCUCGGCUCAGUCGGUGAGGGUUGUCACGCCAGGUUGUCACGCGCAACCGAACGCGCUCCAUGUAAUCACUCCGUGCCGAGGCACAUGUUUGUCCUGAACGAGUUAUUACACCCGGCCAUCGGUUAACGUUGAUCUAUUCCAAUACUUUCGUAGUUUUUCAAACUGAAAACUUGGUUUGAGGUGAACGUUACAAUGAAGGUGUUAGCCCGAGUGUUAACCUCGACAUCGUACCGUGUAUUCUUGAUGUACCUGUGCCUGAUGCGAACCCCCUCCGCUGGGGAGGAGAGCGUGCCGUCCGCCGCACCGGAGCUGGCCGACGACAGCGACGACGACCAGAACCCAACAUGGGGAGUGGGCAAUGACGGUCCCACAGAGACUGAGGUGGACCUGGACACCGGGUACCGGGACGUUCCUUGCCCGGCCGGCUGCAUGUGCAACCCACUGUAUAGCAAGGAGGCCGUGCCGGCGUAUGGUGUGGAGUGCUCCGGCGAGCACAUCACAUCCAUACAGCAAAUGGUGUUACCGGAGGAAACUCAGCAUCUAUCUCUUACCGACACAAACGUGGAGAAGCUGACCCCGGACAACUUCGCCAAUUUCACAGUGCUCAACACCAUAACUUUAAAACAAAACCACAAGCUGAGAACGAUUGAGCCCGGGACGUUCCACAAUCUAGAGGAACUAACAGGAAUUAUUCUUACUCAUUCACCGCUGCUGAAAGAAAUCGGCCCAGGGGUAUUCGGAAAUUUACCACGCUUGAAUAGUUUGUCCCUGGAGAGUUGUGGACUUGAGAGUGCGCCAAACUUGACGACUCUUUACACGAAUGACGGAACUCUCAAAGAUUUGGUUUUGUCACAUAACCAGAUUUUUGCCCUGAAACCCCACACUUUCACUGGAUUGCCAUUUGAAGUCUACUAUCUCGGCCUCUCCCAUAAUGUUAUUUCGUCUGUGUACGGCAAAGCUUUUGAAGGCGCAAAGAUUUACAAGUUAGACUUAUCCGGAAACCCCAUCACCUACAUAGAAGACAAUGUCUUCGAGGGCAUAGUGGAACUUACAAAUGUGAGUCUGGCAGAGACAGAAAUCACUAAACUGCCAACUUUGGGACUGAAGUAUAUCGUGGAACUGAACAUAGAGGGAACACCAAACCUCAAGCAUUUCCCACCGCUCUUCAAAUUCCAGAACAUUCAGAGAGUCAGGCUUCACUAUUUCAGUCACUGCUGUGCGUUCCUCUUCAACACCUCAGAGAACCAGCACAUGGCUAAAAUGUACAACAUUACAGAGCCGGCCGAGAGCUCCUCGUGUUCGACAACACCCAACCCGAGCUCUGGCACUUUCGACACCAGGGAUUUCUCCGUGCCGCGAGGUAGCUGGGCUCACCUGGUAGAGGACGACUACCAGCAAGACUCCAAGGGUUCACUGUUCAGACCAGGCUCUAUCAAUUUUACGGGCAACUCCUUCCUCCAGCCUCCGCCAGAGGCGCUGAUGACUAAUGCGCCUUCCAACAUGCAGCCCAGCUUCGAAGAAACCAUCGAGAGCAACGGUGGCUUCAUAAAUGAGAUUAUCAAUCCCAACACCACCCACGUCACACAUGGUGAUACUUGUAGUUCAUUUGUACCCAAGAACUAUUCCAAGGUGAAAUGCUCGCCGCAGCCCGACGCUUUCAACCCGUGCUCUGAUGUCAUGGGAUACUCCUUCUUACGGGUCGUGGUCUGGUUCAUUGCUGGCACAGCCAUGGUGGGUAAUUUAGUAGUUAUGGUGGUGUUGAUAGCUUACAAGCAUAAGAUGACGGUUCCCAAAUUCUUGAUGUGCAAUCUGGCAUUCGCUGACUUCUGCAUGGGCGUCUAUCUUCUAAUGGUUGCGUCUAUUGAUGUGCAUACUCUGGGAGUGUACUUCAACUACGCCAUCGAAUGGCAGUUUGGAGCCGGCUGCAAGAUUGCGGGUUUCAUAUCGGUAUUCUCCAGCGAGCUGUCUGUUUUUACGCUAACAGUACUGACCAUUGAGCGUUGGUACACCAUCAUUUAUGCUAUUGAUCUGAACAAACGCAUACGUCUGAGACAGGCCAGUCGCAUCUUGCUUGGCGGAUGGUUAUUUGCCAUGGUCAUGGCCUCAUUACCGUUCAUGGGCUUCGCUAGUUACGGUGUAACCAGCAUGUGCCUUCCGUUUUACGUUCGCAGCACUGAUGGCGCGGCAGCUGUGGCCUAUGUCAUUUUCAUCUUACUGUUUAACGCCCUUGCCUUCGUUAUCAUUUGCGCUUGCUACAUUAAGAUGUACAUUACAGUGAGAAACCCGCAUUCGGCCAUGCAGAGGAAGGACUCCAAAGUGGCGAAACGGAUGGCUGUACUUAUCUUUACAGAUCUGGCCUGCUGGGCACCAAUUGCCAUCAAUGGCCUCUCGUCGAUAUUCCGGAAUGAGAAGUACGGUUUUCUCACCACUGACCAAAGUAAAGUCUUCAUUGUCCUGUUUUAUCCUAUCAAUUCCUGCGCCAACCCGUUCCUGUAUGCCAUCUUCACCAGGGCUUUCCGACGCGACAUGUUCCUUCUCUUGGCCAAGCAUGGCAUGUGCGAGAAGCGGGCCAUGAAGUACCGCCCUACGUGCACUAGCAGCCCACGCUCCAUGUCCCAGGUCAACUCCACCACCAUGCGAGAUGUCGGCCUGAAGGGCUCCCAUCGCGAUUCCUCUGCUUCCGUCAUGACCCAGAUCACCAGUGAAGCACGCCCGUCCAUGGUGUCCUACGAGAAAGACAGCCCAGACAACAGCCCCAAAAUGAAUAUUGAACUGCAGCUGGUCGUGACGAUGGGCAAUAAUUUGCUCCAGGGUCAGCCGCCCGUAGAGGCCAGUCAGAAUCAAUGGGACGUGUCAUCUUCUGGGCUGGCAGGCAAGGUGGGCAGCGGCAAGAAAUUAAAUGAGCAUGUUUACGUUGUGGAUGGCCUGCCACCGGUUCCCGAAGAACACAAUGGCGAACGCCAGGAGCCGUCCGUUUGCUCACCCCCGUACAAGAGCCAACAGAGGGAGAACCAGCGACCAGGCCGGGGGAAAAUAAGCCCACGAAUAGUGGAACAUUGCAUCGCGAACGACGCCAGCGAAGACGAUUCAGGAAGCCGGGAGAGUUCCUCCCUGCUCAAACAGAUUGCGAGCGCAGGGUAUCUCGAUCCGGUGCCUAAGGACACUAGGAGGAACACACCAGCGGGUAAUGGACUUCAGUCAGUCACAACGAAACCCCCUGAUCGUGACAUCACAUCCAAGGUCAUGCAGAUGAAUCUGGCCGAGUCAGACGACUCCGAGACUACUCUGUAAGUCAUGUCGUGUUAGUCCAGCCUUUUCCUCGCGACGGAAGGCCGGUGCCGUGGAACUGCGCUGUGAUCGAAAUUUCCGUACAUUAAAGUGUACCGAGAUGAGGAGCGAUAUUUUCACGGGAAAGAAGCUUGUCGCUGCUUGGGCUCUCUACUUUACAUUCACAGAUCCCCUUUGAUGUCAAACUUUAUUUGGAACAUUUCUUGCUACGAAACCAGUCAAUCCACGAGUUUCUGUUGAAUUAAAGGGACUGCUUCUUUUUCAUGAGGGGCUUUGUUUCCUUGUCUUUGACAUUCAUACUUCCGUCGUCAGAAACAAAAGGUUAUUUUUUUUUGCUGAAUAUGAACCAAAUGUGAAAAAACACGAUUUUCGACAGUACCGAGGGAGACGGAACCAAAGAAUGAGAUGAAGGAACAAGGGCAAAUUGACGAAAGGAGGUUCUCUUGUUGGUAUACCACCAUGAAACUAUUUUAUUCUGCUUUCGGCUUUUAACUGGUAUACUGCUGUGGCAACUUUGAACUUGAAAUUGCUGUAAGAACAACAGUAACUAACACUCUCUGACAAGUUGCGCUCCUGUGUACUUACUGUGCAAAGCAUGAUGGGAAAACUGAGCGGCGAGGUCAUACCAUACCUUUGGGGAUGAGGGUGAAAGUGGUGUCACACAAUCAGUCUGAGUGCGCUGAAUAACAACACCAUCAAGAACAAAGGAGGCAAUAUCAAGAAGCAACAAACAACGACACAAACACACAUGAGACUAGAGAAAUGGCUUUAACCUGUUACGUUAAUACUGAAAUUAUUGAUAAAUAUGCAGGUGCAUUUGAUUUCAUAUUUGACCAUCGUUUCAGCAGAAGCAGUGCUUUUCUGUGAUUGGAAUUAAUUGGCUUGCCUUAAUUGAUUGUGAAGCAAAGAUUUUUUGCUUUAAAGUAACGUCACAAUAUUUCCAAUGCCGUCAAUUUUUCUCUCAGAAUUUUUAAGAUUUGCGAUUUGUAGAUGUGAAAUAUUAUGCAGUAGGAGGAAAGAUCUGACUGAAAACAUACCGGUAUUUAUCUAGAAAAAGUAUUUUUGAAAAGAAAAGUAAAUGCUGUACAGGGAUUUUACACUAUUAAAGUUGUAUACCCAAUGAUGUUGCGUGAACAAAUCUUGCCUCAAGGUGAGCACGUGGCUGAUUUGGAACCGAAUUGGCUUCUAACAUGAAGUAUAUAGUAGCAGUUCUCGUUAUGUACCAUGUAAUUAUAUUUUCUAAAUCAUACCAACUAGCCUAUAUCAUGAGAAUACAGCGAUAUACAGGCGCCUGUUUUUUAAGCCAUAGAUGUAGUAGCUAUUGAUGUAGGCCUUUUACCAGGAACUGCAUUGUUAAGGAAAAUUGCAAACAUAAUCACAUUACCCUUGGAAUAAUGGCAGUUGCAACAUGCAUUUCAUAAAUAAGCUGCUUUCAGUGGCUAAGUCUUGCAGUUUGCAUGCACUGUGGGUUUGAGGAGAUUCGACCAUAGAGCGAAAUUCUAACGGCAUUACACAUGCGCACCCAUGUUAAUAAUUCACGCAUUAACCUACUUUCCCGAGGCUACUCAUCAAAAGGUGUCCAUUUCAAAAGACAGCAAUAUAGCCUGUUAACAGUGAAGCGCAAAGUGAAAAUGACGAUGAGUAGGUCCCAAGUUGUACUUGAGGAAAUCGAAACCGUAAGAGAAACAAGGUUUGUCUGUGUAGCGCCCUCUUUGUCCAUCCCUAAUGUAUCCCUCAGACCAAAGUUUUACACAUGUAAUUCGAAUUGAAACUUUGCACCGUGAAAAUAGUAAAUAUGGUAAGGAUUUGCGGGUACACCAUGGGAUCCAUCUCUCCAAGAGGUAUAAGGUUCUGAAGAGAACCGGCGAGUGUCAAAUCGAUGUUUCAACCAGGGUCGAGUUGACACUCACCUGUUCUCUUCAGAACCUGACCUCGUCUUGAAGAGAUACAUCUCAUGGUGUAUCCGCAAACCCUUAGCAUAUGCACCUUUAAUUCAUUUAAGGCUAACUUGCUAAAACGUAGAACGUAAAGAUUAUGGAAAAGGGUAAGCUAAUGGUAAAUGGUAAGGUAACGCGUUAUUAAGGGGUUGCUUAAAAUCCGUCUCAGCAAGCAAGCUUCCCAAGUUCUUUUAAUAUUUUUCAACAAUUUGUAUGAGAAGAAGCAGCUAAAGUGCAUGUAGUCUUAAAGACGUUUUUGCCAUUUUACAACAGCUAAUAUACGUGUUUACCUCAAUACCAUCUUUACCCACUAAGGCCCCUUUCAAAUUCAAAUUAUCCUCGUGUAAAACGUUUCUGUCAUGUGUGCAUCAAAAAUAGCGAAGUUGGUGUCGCCAACCUUCGACAGGCAGGCGGGUCUUUUCAUCGCAACUAUUAUUCAGAGGGUCAAAGUAAACGAUCUGAUCACCGCAGUGUUUCUACUUCAGAGUAGUACUUUAGUACUAUGUUGAAACAUAAGUAAAAUUAGCAUAUAUUGGCAUGGUAAAUAUGUUGGAAAACAUCAAAUGUCUGUCGGUUGUUUAUAUAUAUAUAUAUUAUGUGUGAUGUAUAUGGGUUGUGCAAAUAUUCGAGAAAAUAAUGAUGGAUACAUUAGGAAUACAAUAUUCAGAGUACUUUUUAAAUUUAUGUAUAUAGUAUAUAUUUGUUACAGCAUCCCUCAUCUUAACUGUUUCAUAGUGAUGGCCAUCUGCGAGUGUUUGCUAAGGAAGUUCACUCUCUAGUAAUUUGGAGGUAGUACAUAUAAAAUAUGAUAAAAAUGAUGGAAUGAAAAUAGUUCAUAUUUCUUCAAAGAUUGGGUGAAGAAAUGAAAUUGUCACUUCUGUUUAGAACUUUAUGCAGACCCCGUCUUAAAUUCCAGCGUAAAAAGACAAUACAAAUGAACAUGUACAUGGCUGUAAAACAGAAAUAAUUUACUCUUUUGAGGUUAAAAUCCUUGAAUUGCGUGAAUAAAUUUGCAUUAGAAGUGCCAGUUUAAUAGAGCAAAACUGCCAACACUCUUGAGAAACAUGUUUGGAGGCACCCAAAUAACAACAAAUAAACAGACCACGUAUGUGAACUAUCAUAUGAUUAUGUUUCCUGUUUCCAAGCUAAAUUUUUCACCCUAGAGGGGCUCAGCUGUCACAGAGUAAAUCUUUCUCUAAUUUAAUUGGCCUGCAUGUAAAGACACCCCUUUGAAAUAUUGCAGCGUAUUUGUGUAAUUACAUGUGUAAAAACCAUUGUAUGCAUAGUGAACUCAAUGGACUGACGCAUUAAAGUAUAAAAUUAACAU